AUGACGAGUACCUGUCCAUGGGGCGUAUCAUCAUCUGAUCCUGUCAAGCCGCAGCCAAGUAUGCAGGCUUUGAUCGAUGAAGCAAUGGCACUCAGUCUGUACGAGAAAGAGGUGCACGCGAUGCAGCGUGAGACGAAUCCCGAGUAUCGGAGCAGCGUCUUUACCAGCUUGCAGCGCAACAAGGAGAAACGUGACCAAGAGCGUAACAAGGAUCUUCUGAGCGCCGACAGCUUUGACAUGAUGGUCGAAGCCUCCGGUGAGGGAUCAUUGGCUCCCACCGUGUUGACACGCUCGCCUGCGGCUGUUACAGGUACUGCAGCGUUGGCUCGUGCCAGAGUGAUGGGCUCUCUGUCCAUGGAGGACGCCGGCCACGGAUCUGGAAAGGGUAAGGGUUUCACGUCACUUAAGGAGAGUAUUCGACGUCAGCAAAAGAGUGAGAAGAAGGGCUUUGGAACGGGUAGAGUGGCAGCGGAAGCUCAUGCCACGACGGACGGUGUUAUGGACGAGCGUACGACUUUGAUCCUGCAAAAGAUGAUCAAUCGAGGCGAGCUGGACGAGGUACAUGGGUGUGUGCAGAGUGGUAAAGAGGCCCAUGUAUACUUUGCCAUGGGUACGGACGAAGCGACGAUGCAGCCGGUACAACUGGCAGUCAAGAUCUUCCGUACAACGCUGAAUGAAUUUGGCAAUCGCCACGAGUACGUGACUGGAGACCGUCGCUUUGACCUCAAUUUUCAAAGAAAGGACCAACGUCGACAGAUCAAGGCCUGGACGGAUAAGGAGUACCGUAACCUAUGCCGUGCUGCGAAGCACAACAUCCGUGCACCGACUCCAGUUGUGUGCAAGGAGCACGUAUUGGUGAUGCAGUUUAUUGGGGCCGACGGGUGGCCAGAACCGACACUGAAGGAUGUACUGACGGAUUUGUCGCCGAAACAACAGGCUCGCGCCUAUGCUGACGUUCUUCAGGCGACUCGAGGUCUGUACCAGCGCGCCCACUUGGUCCACGGUGACUUGAGCGAGUACAACAUUCUUUUUUCUCACCGUGAGAAACGUAUCUGGCUCAUUGAUUUUGGUCAGGCAGUUGACCGGACGCACCCAGGCACAGAGAAGCUACUGAGGCGAGACUUGCAUACUAUUAACCGGUUUUUUCAGCGUGGCGAUCUGUCCGAGGCAACAGUCGACGAUAUUGGUCUUCUCUCGGAUGAGAAGGUCUACGAUUACGUGAUCAGUGAGAGGCCGGACGAAGUGGUGGCCGAUUUUCCGAUUCUGGCAGCGUUGCUGGAAGAGAUGAAUGAUGUGUCUGAUACUCAAAAGGUGGAAUUGCACGAAGAAGAGGAAGCAGAGCAAGAGGAAACUCACGAGGAGGAAGACACGCAGAGUGUAAAGGUUAAUGUCAGUGAGGUUGCAGAGUCUCAGGGGAUGCCAGAGAGCGAGCAUGACGCGCCGUGA